AUGAAGGUGCCAACUGCCAAAAGCUGCGUACAUGGUGUCGCUAUAAUACUACUCCACCCAAUUCAACUAAUAACACUUUCUUUAACCCUUUCUUUAACACUCCAUCACCACUCUCUUCUCCAACUUCUUCCAACCCCAAUCGGGCUUCUUCCUCCUUCCCACCACUCCAAACCCUACACGUGUUCCAUCACACUUUCCUUCUCCUCCUCCGGCACUCGCCCAUUGCCAUGUCACUGUAAUCUCACGCAGCAUAACCGAACCAGCAUGGACAUCAUUCCUGGGAAGAUCCGAAAACGAGGUUGUUCCUCCUCUGCCUCCUCCUCCUCCUCCGUCUUGCACAACUACCGCUUCAAGAGAACAAUUCUGGUGGGGAAGCGCGGUGGAUCCAGUACGCCCGUUCCCACGUGGAAGCUCAUGAGCUCCAGAUCUCCGCUCCGCCCAUUGGGCUCCUCUCCUAAGUACCCGCCGCCGCAGACCGCCGCCAAGCCCCGCCAGCCUCCGGUGUCGGCGAGGAAGCUCGCCGCCACUCUCUGGGAGAUGAACGAGAUUCCUUCUCCCAGCGUGAGGUCCAAGAAGGAAGUCAGAGUCAGAGAAAGGGUUGCUAGGUCCAUGCGUUCUGGCUCUUUACCUCCCCAUUUGUCCGAUCCGUCACACAGUCCUGUGUCCGAGAGGAUGGAUCGAUCCGGAACUGGGAGUCGCCAGAGAAGAACUCCUUCUGUUUCUCACAGACCGAGGAUCACUGAACACCAUGUUGGCCCUUUGGACUCUCUUAGCAAUGUCAGUCUCAUGGAGAUUGAAACCAGAUCCCGAGCACAGACCCCUGCUUCAUCUGCUAUUGGAGUUAAAUCACGUUUAAAAGAUGUUAGUAAUGCAUUAACAACAUCCAAAGAGCUACUUAAAAUUAUAAACCGCAUGUGGGGUCAUGAAGAUCGUCCUUCAUCUAGUAUGUCCCUAAUCUCUGCUUUGCACACCGAGCUGGAGAGGGCUCGCUUACAGGUCAAUCAGCUUAUUCAGGAACAGCGCUUGGAACAGAAUGAGAUAAAUUAUUUGAUGAAGUGUUUUGCUGAAGAAAAGGCUGCUUGGAAAAGCAAGGAGCAAGAAAUUGUUGAGGCUGCAAUUGAAUCUGUUGCUGGGGAACUUGAUGUUGAGAGGAAGCUCAGGAGACGUCUUGAAAGCUUGAACAAGAAGCUUGGGAGAGAACUGGCUGACACCAAAGCAUCCCUUCUUAAGGUGGCGAAAGAACUUGAAAGCGAGAAAAGAGCAAGAGAAAUUAUUGAGCAAGUAUGUGAUGAGUUAGCAAGAGAUGCUGAUGAAGAUAAAUCUGAGAUCGAGCAACAAAAGAGAGUGUCUACAAAAGUUUGUGAAGAGGUAGUGAAAGAAAAGGAAAUAAUGCAGCUGAGUGAUAGGUUACGCGAGGAGAGAGCACAGAAGAAACUCUCCGAGGCCAAAUAUCAGCUUGAAGAAAAGAAUGCAGCCGUGGAUACACUCCGGAAUCAACUUGAAGCUUUUCUAGGAAGCAAACAGGUUAAAGAGAAAGGUCGCAGUUCCACACACUUGAAUGAUGAAGAAAUUGCUGCGUAUUUGAGCAGAAGCCGAUUAAGUUCCCAUUUCGUUGAAGAUAAAGAAGAUGAUGGAGGAGAAGUUGACAAUGGAGUAGAAUGUGAGGAGGAAUCUGCUGAAAGUGAUCUGCAUUCUAUAGAGUUAAAUAUGGACAACAACAAUAAGAGUUAUAAGUGGUCCUACCCUUCUGAAAGCAGAUUUGAUACAAGAAGAUAUCCAAUUGAGGAAGAAGUGAAAGGUAGUAGGAGGUCUACCUCUGGUAGGGCUUCAAGAAGAAGCACAUCCCUGCAAAGGAGUAUAUCAGAUGGAAUUGAAUGGGGUGUCCAAGCUGAGAAGCUUCAAUAUUCAGAUGGGAUAGAUUGGGAAAGCUUUUAUGAGCUGGAAAAGCAAGCACAAGGAAAAGGAUAUGGGGAUGAAAUGCAAGGCUAUAAAUCAGUAAAAGGUUUAAGGGAUCAGAUAUUGGCUAGUUCGAGGCUUGGAUCUUCAAGAGGUUAUGCCAGUCCCACUAGACAAUUUUCCCAGCCUUGGCCAUCACGCGAUCUCACAAAUAACUUCCCGGAGAGACCUGCUACAGCACAGGGCAAUGGUCCAAAAUCAAGGUUAGGGGAAGCCAGGGGUGAGGGCCAGAGUGUAAGGAAGUCCAAAAGAUCCGCUAGCCUAGAUGCUGAAAGAAGCUUUUCUUCUUUUGAGUUUUCCCUUGUUGAUAGCCCAUGGCUGCUGAAGUUGCAGCACUCGCUGCUUAAAUUUUCGUUUGACCCUACGUUUAGGGAUGGUGGGUUUAGGGUCUGUCUUGUUUGUUUCAACUUUGAAAAUUUGAGAAAUGUUACCACGAUAGGAUAA